CAAUACUAUACACCUUCUACACCCAGCGCAAUGCUCUAACAAACACCAUUUCAUUACCACAUCUCACAAUAACCCAAUCUCCCAGCCCACAUCAACCCUACCACAAAAAUGACCACCUCACCACCAGCACAACCCCCCGACACAACCACAACCCCAACCUCACCUACACCAGACACCACCAACGCACACUCUCGCCCCACGAAAUUCCGCUUCAAAGACCCCUCCCGAAAGCGCCAUCGCCACCAUCACUCCUCCUCCCACAAAGACCACCAGCGCACCCCCUCCCCCAAACGCAAAAAACACCGCGCCCCGCACCGCCGCAAACACACUACCACCUCACCACCACCCUCCCCAUCACAGCCCACAACAUCACGCUUCUCCCCCAGCACCGCCUUCCGAGAAUCCCUCUUCGACGCGCUGGGCGACGACGAAGGCGCCGCAUACUGGGAGUCGGUCUACGGCCAACCGAUCCACACAUACUCAGUACCGGAGGUGCCUAAGGGGCCGAAUGGCGAGCUGGAGAUGAUGGACGAGGAGGAGUACGCGGCGUAUGUGCGACGGAAGAUGUGGGAGCGGACGAGGGAGGGGAUGCUUGCUGAGGAGGAGAGGAUGAGGGAGGAGAGGAGGAGGGUGAGAGAGAAGGAGAGGAGGAGGGAGAGGGAGAGGGGGGAGUGGGAGAGGGCGGUCGAGGAGAGUUUGAGGAGGGGGAGGGAGAGGAAGAGGAGGAGAGGGGGGAGGGGGGUUUGGGGGAGGUAUUGUGCUUGUUGGGGGGAGUUGGAUGGGGUGGUUAAAGGUGGAAGUGAAGGGGGAAGGUUUGAGGAGGUGGUGUUUUGGCCGGUUGAGAGUGGGGAGAGGAGGGAUGUGGGGAGGAAGGAGGUGGAGGAGUUUAUGAGGGAGUGUGCGAGGGUGGUUGAUGAGGAUGGUGAGGAUAAAGAUGGGGAUAGGGAUGGGGGUGGUGGGUUGCUGGGGCUGUUGAAGACGGAGAGGGUGCGGUGGCAUCCGGAUAAGAUUCAACAUCGGUAUGGGAAGUUGGGGAUUGAUGAGCGGGUGUUGAAGAGUGUGACGGAGGUGUUUCAGAUUGUGGAUCAGAUGUGGAGUGAGGAGAGGAAGAAAGGAAACUAG